UGACCACAGUCAUGUGAUAGUUUACGGACCAGUGUGAUCUACAUUUACUGCACAUAACGAAAUGGUAGUUUCCUCAUAAUGUUUUACAGUAGAUUAUGCCUGUAAACCGAUAUAAAACGUUGCGGGUUAGUUUGAUUAUUGAUAUAACCGCUUGUAGACGCAGCAGAAAGACCGCGCCGUCCCGUUUCGCCCGGAAUAAACUCAUAGAACAACUACUUACGUCUGAUUAUUCUAUUAACAUUGCAACCUUCACAUUGAUAACGCCUCCGUUUUUUGAACAGUGAUGUUCGCUCAGGCAAACUGGGUAUGUCUCGUGCUCGCCGCGUUGCUGAUAGCAAUACCAGCAAGCGGGACGCGAUACCAAGCGAACUGGGAGAGUUUGGACGCAAGACCGCUUCCUACAUGGUACGAUGAAGCCAAAUUCGGGAUUUUCGUCCACUGGGGGGUGUUCUCAGUCCCCGGGUUCGAGAGCGAGUGGUUCUGGUGGCAUUGGCAAGGCCAAAACCCACCUGAUACGAAGUGUGUUAAAUACAUGCUGGAUAACUACCCGCCCGGGUUCAGCUAUCCAGAUUUCGCGCCCCAGUUCCAUGCCCAGUUCUUUGACCCGGAUGACUGGGCUGACGUAUUCGAGGCUUCCGGUGCAAAGUAUGUGGUUCUGACAGUAUUACAUCCUAAAGAUCUUUACCUGGCCCACGUCCCAGGUAUGUGGUUCUGGAACUGGAACUCUGUGGACACUGGACCACACAGAGACCUGGUGGGAGACCUGGCAGAGGCCGUGCGCAACAGGUCGCUGCACUAUGGACUCUAUAACUCCCUGUAUGAAUGGUUCAACCCCCUCUACCUUGCAGACAAGAAAAACAACUUCACAACACAGGACUUUGUCUUGAAAAAACUGCUGCCUGAGCUUUAUGACAUGGUCCUAAGCUACAAGCCAGAGCUGAUCUGGUCCGAUGGGGACUGGGAAGCUCCUGACACCUACUGGAACUCAACAGAAUUCCUGGCCUGGCUCUACAACGACAGUCCCGUUAAAGAUGUGAUUGUGACCAAUGACAGGUGGGGGGCGGGGUGUUACUGUAAACACGGUGGCUACUAUAACUGUGCAGACAAAUACACCCCUGGGGAGCUGCCCAAACACAAGUGGGAGAAGUGUCAGUCUGUAGACACACAGUCCUGGGGUUACCGCAGGACCAUGAGGCUCUCUGAACUGAUGGACCUGCCCAGUAUCAUACAGGACCUUGUCCAAACAGUGGCCAUGGGGGGUAACUACCUGCUGAAUGUGGGUCCUACCCCCGACGGCAUGAUCCCCCCAGUGUUUGAGGAGAGGCUGAGGGGCAUCGGGGCCUGGCUGGAGGUCAACGGAGAGGCCAUCUACUCCUCCAAACCCUGGAGGCUCCAGACUGAGAAUGCCACCGUACCUGUCUGGUACACCUCCAAAUACUCCAGUGUGUUUGCUGUCUUCAUGACGAAACCCACUGUGUACACAUUCCACCUGUCUGAACCUAUCACAGCAGAGAGCACCACGGUGACAUUAUUGGGGAACCUAGAGCCUCUGAGAUGGGCUCCUCUUCACCCCCGGGGUCUGAUCAUCCUCCUUCCUGAGUUACCCCCAACCCCGGCCCAGGCCUGGAUCCUCAAACUGGAUGGGGUCAAGUGAUCUGGGGUGAUAACCAGCCUCCUGAAUAGGCCUUUAGCUACUGGUGAGCAGUGAAGGUACUCCAGGAGACUAGUUGGAAUGAAAUUAAUACAUUUACAUUUUAAAAUGUUGGAAGAUUUUUAGAAUGACCCCAGAAUGAGUGUGAUGUGACAUUAGUUGGGCUAACUUUGUGUAAUUGGCGCCAUAUAUUCAAUGAUCGAAUAUAAUUCAAUGAUUCAUUUGGGGUGGCAGCGUAGCCUAGUGGUUAGAGCGUUGGACAUGUAACCGAAAGGUUGCUAGAUUGAAUCCCCUGGGCUGACAAGGUAAAAAUCUGUCGUUCUGCCCCCUGAACAAGGCAGUUAACCCACUGUUCCCCGAUAGGCCGUCAUUGUGAAGAGGAAUGUGUUCUCAACCGACUUGCCUCGUUAAAUAAAGGUAAAAUAAACAAUUCUGCGGAACCAUUGUAAAGAAUUCAGAACCAUUGUAAAGAAUUCAGAACCAUUGUAAAGAAUUCAGAACCAUUGUAAAGAAUUCAGAACCAUUGUAAAGAAUUCGGAACCAUUGUAAAGAAUUCGGAACCAUUGUAAAGAAUUCGGAACCAUUGUAAAGAAUUCAGAACCAUUGUAAAGAAUUCGGAACCAUUGUAAAGAAUUCAGAACCAUUGUAAAGAAUUCAGAACCAUUGUAAAGAAUUCAGAACCAUUGUAAAGAAUUCGGAACCAUUGUAAAGAAUUCAGAACCAUUGUAAAGAAUUCAGAACCUCUGGGAGAAGCUUUAUGGAACAAACAAGUUGAAUCAACUUAGCUUUGGAGAAAGGAGAAAAGCUUCCUGUGAUUUUUUGUAUUUUGUUUCUACGCUUUUUGUGUUUGAGUUAGACUCUGGUGUUUAUUGCUCUCCAGGUGAUUUGAUUUGGAAUGUUUUUUUUAUUCAUUUGGACGGAAUCAUUUCAGAAAGUUUUCAGACCCCUUCCCUUUUUCCACAAUUGAUUAAAUACAUUUACUUACUAUAAUACUCUAUAAUGACGAAGCGAAAAAAAGGUUAGACAUUUUCGCAAAUGUAUUGAAAUGGAAAACAGAAAUACCUUAUAAUUAUUCAGACCCUUUGCUAUGAGACUCUAAAUUGAUCUCAGGUGCACCCUGUUUCCAUUGAUCAUCCUUGAGAUGUUUCUACAACUUGACUAGAGUCCACCUGUGGUAAAUUAAACUGAUUGGACAUGAUUUGGAAAGGCACACACCUGUCUAUAUAAGGUCCCACAGUUGACAGUACACUUCAGAGCAAAAACCAAGUCAUGAGGUCGAAGGAAUUGUCCAUCGAGCUCUGAGAAAGGAUUGUGUAUUGAGGUGCUGAUCCGGGGAAGGGUUACAUAACAUUCUGCAGCAUUGAAGGCCCCCAAGAACGCAGUGGCCUCCAUCAUUCUGCAGCAUUGAAGGUCCCCAAGAACACAGUGGCCUCCAUCAUUCUGCAGCAUUGAAGGUCCCCAAGAACACAGUGGCCUCCAUCAUUCUGCAGCAUUGAAGGCCCCCAAGAACGCAGUGGCCUCCAUCAUUCUGCAGCAUUGAAGGUCCCCAAGAACGCAGUGGCCUCCAUCAUUCUGCAGCAUUGAAGGUCCCCAAGAACACAGUGGCCUCCAUCAUUCUGCAGCAUUGAAGGCCCCCAAGAACGCAGUGGCCUCCAUCAUUCUGCAGCAUUGAAGGUCCCCAAGAACACAGUGGCCUCCAUCAUUCUGCAGCAUUGAAGGUCCCCAAGAACACAGUGACCUCCAUCAUUCUGCAGCAUUGAAGGCCCCCAAGAACACAGUGGCCUCCAUCAUUCUUAAAUGGAAGAAGUUUGGAAUGACCAAGACACUUCCUAGAGCUGGCCGCCGGGCCAAACUGACCAAUCGGAGGAGAAGGGCCUUGGUCAGGGAGGUGACCAACAACCUGAUGGUCACUCUGACAGAGCUCCAGAGCUCCUCUGUGGAGAUGGGAGAACAUUCCAGAAGGACAACCAUCUCUGCAGCACUCCACCAAUCAGGCCUUUAUGGGAGAGUGGCCAGACGGAAGCAACUCCUCAGUAAAAGAAACAUCACAGCCCACUUGGAGCUCACUUUGCCAUAAGACACCUAAAAGACACCUAAAGACUCUCAGAAUCAAGAUUCUCUGGUCUGAUGAAACCAAGAUUGAACUCUUUGGCCUGAAUGCCAAGGGACAUGUCUGGAGGAAACCUGGCACCAUCCCUACGGUGAAGCAUGGUGGUGGCAGCAUCAUGCCGUGGGGAUGUUUUUCAGCAGCAGGAACUCGGAGAUUAGUCAGGAUCGAGGGAAAGAUGAACGGAGCAAAGUACAGAGAGAUCCUUGAUGAAAACCUGCUCCAGGGCGCUCAGGACCUCAGACUGAGGCGAAACUUCACCUUCCAACAGGACAACGACCCUAAGCACACAGCCAAGACAACGCAGGAGUGGCUUCGGGACAAGUCUCUGAAUGUCUUUAAGUGGCCCAUCCAGAGCCCAGACUUGAACCCGAUCUCUGGGGAGACCUGAAAAUAGCUGUGCAGUGACGCUCCCCAUCCAACAUGAUAGAGCUUGAGAAGAUCUGCAGAGAAGAAUGGGAGAAAUUGAGAAAAUCCCCAAAUACAGGUGUGCCAAGCUUGUAGCAUCCUACCCAAAAGUACUGAGUAAAGUAAAGGGUCUGAAUACUUAUGUAAAUGUGAUAGUUUUAAACAUUUUAGGCAUUUGUAAAAAUGUCGUUAUUGGUUGUGUGUAGAUUGAGGGGGAGGAAAAAACAAUUGAAUCAUUUUUAGAAUGAAGCUGUAAUGUAACAAAAUGUAACUUUCUGAAAGUUCUGAUGAAGAUUUAUUUGUGUCUGUCGAGCUUCUGUUUAAAGAUGAUGAUGAUGAUGAUGAUGAUGGAGGUGGGAAAAAAAAAUGUAUUUUGUAAUUAAUUAUAAAUAAAUAAUAAUAAAUAA